UUUACUGCCUGCUCGUAAAAACAUCAUAACCAAUGAAGUCAUAAUGGAAGAAAUAACUGUUUCUUCUUUAGAUCCAAGCCAUUUUUUUAUUCCUUCAAUUAGAUCGCCAGAAACUGUUGUAAUAUAA